AAAUUAAAUCAAAGAAGAAAAAUGGAGGAAGAAGAGCCAUUUCCUUCGUCUUUGUCUUCUUCUUUCAUUCUCAAAGACAUCUCCAAUUUCAAAACCCCAAAACGCCCUUCCAAGCCGUGCACUCAGUUCUUCACUGCUUCCACUGAAACUCGGAGGCCAUCUUCGUCGUUUUGCUACCGCUCCCGGCCUUCCCUUGUCCCUUCCUCUUCCCGAUCCAAAGCCAAAUCAGUCGCUAAGCUCAAAGCUUACCAGCUGGAGCAAUCUCAGUCCGCUUGCAAAGAGCAACUAAAGAAAGACCAAUCGCUUAGGUCCCUUUCUAAAGCCCUCACCGUUUGGCUCAAUUUCCUCUUUCGGAACCCGGAGGCUUGUGGUUGUGAUCUCUCCAUUAAUGGCUGCGGUGAGAGUAAUAUUGUGCAAGUGGACAGUGCCUGGAGAAGCCCGAAAAGGAUGAGAGAGUUGUCGUGGAGAGGGGAGGGAUCUGAAAAUGUCGCUGCGGAUAUUUUGACCUCAAAGUAUUUAAAUUUGAGGGCUUCGUUGAAGGAUGUUUGUAGCUUUGAUGAUUUGAAGCAGCGGAUGCAGAUGUAUUUGAGUUUGGCGAGUUGCAAAGAGGUUUUCAAUGUCAUGACUCGAGUCGCUAAGAAUAUAGAUGAAGGGAGGUUAAAGAUGAAAGCGAGUUGUCCUAUAGUUACAGAUGUUGGAAUGAAGGAAAAGGCUUCUAAAAUUCUAUUGUCUUACAAUCCAAUUUGGUUUCGAAUUGGGUUGUAUAUUAUUUUUGGUGGCGAUUCCUUGAUAUCAUCUGAGGGAGAUUUUAGUUCUGUGAAAGAUAUCUCGUUUUUAAAGAUGAUAAUAGAAAAACAAUUCUUCUCGCACACUGGGCUUGCAAAGGCUUAUGCUUAUAACAAGAAGGUGGAUGGUUUGUACAGGCCGGGAUACUAUGAGAAUUUGGGAAAUAUUAUAUUGAAGAGGAUAUUGCUGCUUGUUCUUAUCCUUGAUCGAGCUAAAUCUCAGACCCGUCUUCCUCUUAAUUAUGGAAUUGAUGGAGUGGAUGGAGGUUCUCCUCUUCUGUUCACGGUUUCAUCUGGUAUAAAAUCAAGUCCUCAAGUCCUUAAUGAUUUCUUAUCAUCUGAUGUUAUGCAUGGGGAAGGUAAUCUUCUUGCACAUCUAGUGAUUGUAGGGUACAAAGUUUCUCAUCUGCAGUCUGCCCUUGUUGAGUUUGACUUCCAAGUAUCAGAUUUAUUCUUGGAUCUUCAAGAUGGUGUGCGGCUCUGUAGAGUUAUUCAGCUUUUGCAACAUAAUCAGUCAAUCCUCAUGAAAAUAGUGGUUCCUUCAGACACUCACAAAAAGAAUUUGGCAAAUUGUGGUGUUGCCCUGCAAUAUUUGAGAGAAGCUGGUGUCAUGCUAUGUGAUGAAGAUGGAUUGAAGAUUACUAGAGAUGAUAUUGCUGACAGAGAUAAGGAACUUACUCUGUCCUUGCUCUGGAGUAUAUUUGUUCGUUUACAGUUGCCACUUCUGAUUGACAAAACAACCAUUGGUGGGGAAAUAUCCAACAUCCGUGGCUUUAAAAUGGAUAACUUGAAUGUAACCAAUUCUUCAAAUUUGGGAAUGCUUUUAAACUGGAUCCAGGCAAUUGGCGAAAAUUAUGGUCUUAGGAUUGAAAGCUUUUCUUCACUGGUCAAUGGAAAAGCCGUAUGGUGCGUGCUUGAUUAUUACAUCCGCAAAGAACUUUCUUGUUUGAACAAGGUGAAUUCUCAAGAAACAAGAGGUGAGGAAUCAAUCAUGUCUGCUUCCGAUUACACAGAUGCAGUUCACAAUUUUGUAUUAUCACAGAAACUGACAGCAUUACUCGGAAACUUUCCUGAGGUUCUGCAAAUAAGUGACUUACUUGAGCAUAAUGGUGCAGUUAGUGACAAGAGUGUGGUAGUUUUGCUGGUUUUCCUUUUGUCCCGGCUUGUUGUCAAGAAAAAUGUGGAUCAGUUGAAUUUCCAUAAACUAUUGGGUUGUAGUUGCCAAAACCUAGAGAGGAGGCAUUCACUAACUCAAAGGCGGUUGGCAAGUUCUGAAGGCGUUGUGCAAAAGAAAGAAAGAGACUUAGAUAUCACCGAAGAUGCUUCCAAAAAGUUCGAGGUCAUUCUGGCUUGGUGGCAAGAUAUGACAGAACAAAACUACAGUAGUGUUGUAAAACCUGCUGCUUCUACUUCAUCUUUCUUCCCAGAGAUUGCUGCAAUAGUCAUACAGUCUCAUUUCAGGAGUUUCAUAUUGCGUCGUAAUUUUCUGAAGAAGAUAAAAGCUAUUGGUUUAAUCCAAACUGUUAUGCGUGCAUGGUUGAUUGUGAAGAAAAAUUCACAGCUCAACAAAUUCACUUUUAACAGAGAUCAGGAAUUUCCAUCUGAACUCGAGAGGCUUGUCAAGUUUAUUGCUGAGAGACAUAGUUUUGUUAAUUUAAGAAGAUCAGUGUUGCUCAUACAGCGUUCUGCAAGGAGUUGGAUAGCUCAAAGGCCUGAUACUUCCUGUCCAGACCUAGUUAAGGCUGCCAUUGCAAUCACGAAAUGUUUCCGUGGUAGGGUGGUCAGAUCUAUUCAGAUUAUUGAGAAUGAUUCUCUUAAAGGCCAGGAGAAGGGUCUAAGAAACUGCGAAACAGAAGCGGCAACCAGGAUUCAGAUUGCAUGGAAGAAUUUUGUUUGUAGAUAUCUACACAAACAGACUUCUGCUGCUACUAAAAUUCAGAGCCAUUUCAGGGGCUGGCUUUUAAGGAGAAGUUUUAUGAAGCAGAAGCAGGCAAUAAUAAGAAUUCAAAGUAAUUUUCGACUACUGAAAUCUUGGUGGGCCUUUCAGAUUGCUCAGAAGGAAUUUGUCCGUAAAUCUCUCCAGAAUCAGAUAUUUGCAGCAACUAAAAUUCAGAGCCAUUACCGGGAACUGAAAUGUUGGAGGGCCUUCCAGGUUGCUCAGAAGGAAUUUGCCCAUAGAUUCCUCCAAAAUCAGACAUUUGCUGCAACAAAAAUUCAGAGUCAUUUCCGUGGUUGGCAAUUAAGGAGGAGUUUUAUCAAGCAGAAGCAAGCAAUAAUAACCAUUCAAAGUAAUUUUAGACGGCUAAAAUGUUUGAGUGCUUUUCAGCGAUAUAAAAUUGCUGCCAGAUCGGCAAUCAACAUUCAAUCUUGUGUUCGUGGAUGGAUAGCUCGGAGAAAAUCUUGGAAACAAAGAUAUCUUAUUGUUGUAAUCCAAAGACAUUACCGUGGUUGGCUUGUAAGGAAGGAGCUUUUGCUGCAAAUGGAUGCUGUAAUAAAGAUCCAGAGAGCGAUACGGUGCGUAUUAUGUCAGAAGGCGUUUCAUUUUCAGAAAUUGGCUGCUAUCGAGAUUCAAAGUUUUAUCAGGGGGCAAAUUUCUCGAAAUAGGCUUUUUGGAGCAUCUUCCUUUCAUGCAGCUACUGCUGGCAGUUACAAUUUUAAGAUGUCAGAAGGCUUCUUCCAGAGUUUAGAAUUAAAAUUAUUGAUUACAUCACUUAUGAAAUUGCAAAGGUGGUGGAGAGGUGUUUUGUUACUCAAGUUAAGAACAAAAUCAGCAAUCAUUAUUCAGAGUCAUGCAAGGGGAUGGACUGCUAAGCAAAAAGCUCAUAGAGAGAGGCGUUGUAUUGUUGAAAUACAAAGACAUUGCCGUGGUUGGCUUGUAAGGAAGGAACUGUUGUCGGAAAGGGAUGCAGCAAUAAAGAUCCAAAGAGCAAUACGGUGCGUAUUAUGUCAGAAGACAUUUCAUUUUCAGAAAUUGGCUGCUAUCGAGAUCCAAAGGGUUAUCAGGGGGCAAAAUUCUCGAAAUAGGCUUUUUGGAGCAUCUUCCUUUCAUGCAGCUACUGCUGGCGGUUACAAUUUUAAGAUGUCAGAAGGCUUCUUCCAGAGUUUAGAAUUAAAAUUAUUGAUUACUUCACUUAUGAAACUGCAAAGGUGGUGGAGAGGUGUUUUGUUACUCAAGUUAAGAACAAAAUCAGCAAUCAUUAUUCAGAGUCAUGCAAGGGGAUGGACUGCUAAGCAAAAAGCUCAUAGAGAGAGGCGUUGUAUUGUUGUAAUACAAAGACAUUGCCGUGGUUGGCUUGUAAGGAAGGAGCUGUUGUCGGAAAGGGAUGCUGCAAUAAAGAUCCAAAGAGCAAUACGGUGCGUAUUAUGUCCGAAGGCAUUUCAUUUUCAGAAACUGGCUGCUAUCGAGAUCCAAAGGGUUAUCAGGGGGCAAAUUUCUCGAAAUAGGCUUUUAGGAGCAUCUUCCUUUCAUGCACCUACUGCUGGAUGUUACAAUUGUAAGAUGUCAGAAGGCUUCUUCAGAAGUUUUGAAUUAAACUUAGUGAUUACUUCACUUGUGAAACUGCAAAGGUGGUGGAAAGGUGUUAUGUUACUUAAAUUAAGAACAAAAUCAUCAAUCGUUAUUCAGAGUCAUGCAAGGGGGUGGAUUGCUAAGCAAAAAGCUCAUAGAGAGAGGCAAUGUAUUGAUGUAAUACAAAGACAUUGCCGUGGUUGGCUUGUACGGAAGGUGUUGUUGAAAAGGGAUGCUGCAAUUAAGAUCCAAAAAGCAAUAUGGCGCCUAAUAUGUCAGAAGGCAUUUCACUUGCAGAAACUGGCAGCUAUCGAAAUUCAAAGGGUUAUUCGAGGGCAAAUUGCUCGAAGCAGGCUUUUAGGAGCGUCUUCCUUUCAAGCAGCUACUGCUGCUGAUUGCACUUGUAAGAUGUCAGAAGGCUUCUUCCAGAGUGUUGAAUUAACAAUAUUGAUUACUUCAGUUCUGAAACUGCAAAGGUGGUGGAGAGGUGUGCUGUUACUUAAAUUAAGAACAAAAUCGACAAUCAUUAUUCAGAGUUACGCACGGAGAUGGAUUGGCAGGCGAAAAGCAUACAGGGAGAGGACUAGUAUUAUUGUAAUACAAUCAUAUUGGAAAGGUUAUGUUGCUCGAAAAGAAUCUAGAGAGCAGCUAUUGGAUUUGCACUUGAGAAUGCGGAAGUCUGCUAUGAAUGUGGAUGAUAGCAGACGUCUAAUUAACCGGCUUUUGUCGGCACUUUCGGAACUAAUCAGCAUGAAAAGCAUCAGAGGCAUUCUUCACAACUGUGAGACCUUGGAUAUGGCUACAGCUCAUUCUCUGAAAUGUUGCGAAGAACUCGUUGCUGCCGGUGCAAUCGGCAUUCUGCUGAAGCUAAUUUGGUCAGCCAGUCGCAGCAUACCUGAUCAGGAGGUUCUAAAGCACGCACUGUCGACGCUCAGAAACCUUGUCCGCUAUCCGCAUUUGACCCAAGUGUUAAUCGAAACUCCUCGAUCAGUAGAGAUAUUCUUGUGGGAGUUGCACAGGAACAAGGAAGAAGGAUACUUUAUUGCUUCUGAAAUACUGAAGAAGAUAUGUUCAAAUCAGAAUGGUCUGAAAGCUGUACACAAGUUUCCUGCUCUCUUGAAGAGACUACACAAUCUUGUUGAAGAACUCGCAAGGAAAGCAAACAUCGACAAAAGAAAUCCCCGUGGUGUUGGUGCAAGAGACAACACAGAUAGAAGAUUGAAGGAAGGUGUUGAACUUCUCGAACUGUUAACAAAUGAUUAAAAGCCAGCGAAUAGUCAAUCGGUUUGCUCACACUUUCCAUUGAUUUAGUGUUGCAUGAUAUGUGUACCUUUUGCCCCCCAUUUGC